AUGGCAGCAGAUAAGUAAAAAGUGAGCUCCUCGGACGCACGACAACACAGCAACUGAAGGGGAAAGCGGCUCCUGUUCUGCUCCGUUCUCCAAACUUUGGCUUCAAACUGGACAGAACCUAAAGGAUCAGAAGAUUCGCCUCUCAGUUUUGUUUGUCGCUCUUUUUUAUUCUCCUUAUGUCUGUGAUUUGUUUCGAACUUUGACGCUUUUUUUUAGUUUGGUGGAGAGAUAAUUUGUCUUCUCGAAGAUUUGAAUCCAAACAAACUCAUGACGGCAGAAGUCCAGCAGCCUCCCGCGCAGACUCCUGCCCAGAGCAGCCCGAUGUCUGCUCCGGAGAAGACGCACGGACAGACGGUGGUGAUGGAAACCGCCUCCUCCACCACCAAAACCAAAAAGACCAACGCGGGGAUCCGGCGGCCAGAGAAGCCUCCGUAUUCAUACAUCGCCUUAAUAGUCAUGGCGAUCCAGAGCUCUCCGACCAAGCGGCUGACGCUCAGUGAAAUCUACCAGUUCCUGCAGAGCCGCUUCCCGUUUUUCAGAGGCUCGUAUCAGGGAUGGAAGAACUCCGUGCGCCAUAACUUGUCCCUGAACGAGUGCUUCAUCAAGCUGCCCAAGGGCCUCGGCCGGCCAGGGAAGGGCCACUACUGGACUAUCGACCCUGCCAGCGAGUUCAUGUUCGAGGAGGGCUCCUUCAGAAGAAGACCGAGGGGGUUCCGGCGCAAGUGCCAGGCGCUGAAGCCCAUGUACAGCAUGAUGAACGGGCUGGGAUUCAACCACAUCCCCGAGUCGUACAACUUCCAGGGGAGCGGCGGGGGCCUGUCCUGCGCGCCCAACAGUUUGUCUCUGGACAGCGGGAUCGGGAUGAUGAACGGACACCUGGCGGGGAACAUGGACGGGAUGGGUCUGUCCGGUCACUCCAUGUCGCACUUGUCGACCAACAGCGGACAUUCCUACAUGGGGAGCUGUACCGGAUCCACCGGCAGUGACUAUCCUCACCACGACAACUCCGCCUCCCCUCUGCUCACCAGCGGGGGAGUCAUGGAGCCUCACCCGGUCUACUCCAGCUCGGCGUCGGCGUGGGCUCCGGCCCCCACGGGCUCGCUCAACAACGGGGCUUCCUACAUUAAACAGCAGCCGCUGUCUCCCUGCAAUCCCGGCGCGAACGCGCUGCAGCCCAGCCUGCCCACACAUUCACUGGAGCAGCCCUACUUACACCAGAACGGCCACAGCACCACAGAUCUACAAGGCAUCCCUCGGUACCAUUCCCAGUCUCCCAGCAUGUGCGACCGAAAGGAGUUCGUGUUCUCGUUCAACGCCAUGACGUCCUCGGCCAUGCACUCGCCGAGCAGCGGCUCGUACUACCACCACCAACAGGUCUCCUACCAGGACAUCAAGCCGUGCGUGAUGUGAGCGCCGGCGGCCGCGCACGGAGCUGCGGAGCGCGCAGCGGCGGGCGGCGCGCAGACUUGAGCCAUGACGCAGAAUGAAGUGAGAUGAAGGAUGAAGGUGCUUCAAGCUGAGCCCGACUGGUUCCCCUCUGUUCCUUCACGCAUCAAAGACACGAAGAAUAGACAAUAACAAACAUAAUAAUAAUAUAUAUUAAUAAUAAUAAUGAAGACUUUUUUUGCCAUCACCAUCGACCAGCGGGGAAAAGUGGCAGAAGGAACGCGCCGCUGUUUGGUACUUAGUCCUGCAGAGCGGAAGACUAUCAUGUUUGUUCAUAUUAAGAAAAAAAGAAAGUCAAGAAAAAAUGCGCACCAAAAUUUUGUAGGCUAGUUUUAACUUUUAAAAACUCUUUAAUGGAAUAAUUGAAGUUGUUUUUAGGGUUAACAUAAGUCACAAUGUUGAAAUUGAAAGAUUUCUCAUGAACUUUACAUAAACAUAUAUAUACUGAGCGUCCAUAUACUGUAUACUGUGUACAAAAAAAUGGCACUUUUUGAAUAGCCUGUAAGCGCAACCUUUUUAUUUAUUCUGUAAGCAUAUAUUUUUGUUUAAAUUUCAGGGGAAUCGACCAAGGACUUCCAUGCUUUAUUGGCAAUAUUUGUCAAAACCCCUGAUUUUCUCUUUCCAGUGAAUGUCAGGAUAUAAUGCAAAGCACUGUGGCGUUUGUGUCAGAUGGAUGUAAACCGCUCAGCACUCCAUACUUCAGUACAGGCAGGAACAAUCCACGAGGGGUCCACGUUUGAA